AUGACUCGUUUAUCAUUGUUCCUUCUCUCUAGCAUCCCACUGGCUUUGGCCGUGACCAACUCCACGUCUCUAGACUACGAUGUUCUAGAAUAUGUCGAUCCGCUCAUAGGAAGUGCCAACGGAGGCAAUGUCUUCGCUGGUGCAUCGCUUCCGUAUGGCAUGGCCAAAUCUGUAGCCGACACGGAUUCCCAAAGCAACCAGGGGGGAUUUGCAUUUGAUGGCAGCAAUAUAACUGGUUUUUCAAGUUUACAUGAUUCAGGCACUGGAGGAAACCCAUCGCUCGGAAACUUUCCAUUGUUUCCUUAUGUCAAAUGCCGAAAUGACGAUGUCAAUGGCUGCAUUUAUCCGAAGAAACAGCGCAAGACCGGCUAUCAUGCGGACUCUGUCAAGGCUUCUCCUGGAUACUUUGGACUGACCAUGAACUCCGGCAUCAAAGUCGACAUGACCGUCUCCCAUCAUACAUCCCUGAUACGAUUUCAGUUUCCCACCGACAAUGCAUCGAGCCCGCUCAUCCUGCUAGAUCUCACAGACCUGUCGGAUUCGAGACAGGACAACGGAACAAUUUCCGUCGAUGCUUCUACCGGACGCAUGACGGGCCAUGCGCGUUUUCUGCCCAGCUUCGGAAGUGGAUCAUAUGAGCCUUACUUCUGUGUUGACUUUCAGAGCAACUCUGCCAUCCGCGAUAACGGGAUAUUUGUCAACUCACGCGCAAGCACGGACGUGAAAGAUUUGAAGAUAUCUCGGAGUAUCAAUGGAUACCCUCUUCCUGGAGGUGCCUUUGUCCGUUUUGAUGCCGCUUCGGAUAUUACCGUGCAGGCCCGAGUAGGUUUAAGCUUUAUCAGCAGUGAGCGGGCAUGCUCGAAUGCUGAAUCUGAGAUUCCGGAUUUCGAUUUUGAAGUUACACACUCAAAGGCUAUGGAGUUGUGGCGGGACAAGCUUGCCCCUAUUCGCGUGUCCAGAAGAGGCGUCAAUUCAUCUCUUCUUACAAACUUUUACAGUGGCAUCUACCGUACACUGGUCAAUCCGCAGGAUUACACUGGGGAAAACCCGCUCUGGGACAGCACUGAGCCGUACUUUGAUUCUUUUUACUGUCUGUGGGAUUCUUUCCGGUCUCAACUGCCCUUUUUGACCAUAUUCGACCCUAAGUCGCUGGCAAGAAUGGUCCGCUCGCUGAUUGAUACUCAAAAGCAUCUGGGCUGGCUCCCGGAUUGCCGCAUGUCUCUUUGCAAAGGGUACACUCAAGGAGGCUCCAACGCAGACGUGGUUCUUGCUGAUGCAUACACCAAAGGCAUUUCCGACGGCAUCGACUGGCAAGCCGGUUAUGCAGCCGUUCAGAAAGAUGCUGAGGUCGAACCGUACGACUGGUCAAACGAAGGCCGAGGUGGGCUGACCAGCUGGAAAUCGCUGAACUACAUUCCCGUCGAGGACUUUGAUUACAUUGGCUUUGGAACUAUGACGCGCAGUAUUUCCCGCACUCUGGAGUAUUCUUAUAAUGAUUUCACGAUCUCGCAAAUGGCGCAUGGCAUGAACAAAACAGACGAUGCGGAAAAGUAUGAGAGAAGCUCGGGUUCCUGGAGAAAUCUGUUUCGUGAAGACCAGACUUCGCUCAUCAAUGGUAACGAUACUGGAUUCAAGGGCUUCUUUCAGCCCCGAUACCUGAAUGGCACUUGGGGAUAUCAGGAUCCUCUGGCAUGUUCAAACAUCGACACGAGCGGGAGAGCAUGCUCGCUCCAGAACAACGCAGCAGAGACGUUUGAAUCCAGCAUCUGGGAAUACCAAUUCUUCGUCCCUCACGAUAUGGCCGCUCUCGUUGCCCUUCUUGGGGGCCCAGCCCAAUUCGUCCGACGACUCGACUAUCUCCACGAUCGAGGAAUCACCUACAUCGGCAACGAGCCAGCCUUUCUAACCGUCUUCCAAUACCACUAUGCCGGCCGGCCCGCCAAAUCAACCUCUCGCGUGCACUUCUACAUCCCCCAAUCCUUCAGCCCCACACCCGCAGGCCUCCCAGGCAACGACGACUCGGGCGCCAUGGGCUCCUUUGUCGCCAUGUCAAUGAUGGGCCUGUUCCCUAAUCCUGGACAAAGCGUGUACCUGAUCACAGCGCCAUUCUUUGAGCUCGUUCGCAUCAAGUCUCCGUUGACGGGCCGCACGGCAACAGUCCGCGCGCAGAACUUCGACCCUACGUACCAGAACAUCUACAUCCAGUCUGCGACGCUGAACGGCAAGCCGUACACAAAGAACUGGGUUGACCAUGACUUUUUCACCGAGGGAAAGAAGCUGGUGCUUGUUCUGGGUAGAAAUGAGAGUCGCUGGGGAACAGCCGAGGAGGACUUGCCACCUUCCGUGUCGACUAGGGGUACGGGGGCCUAUUCUACGGGCCUCAGGCAGAGAACGGUUGAUUUCGACUCCGCUGGAUUGGAGGUGAGGACAGUCGGCGAGUAUGGCCACGGGAGGCGAAGACAUUACUCUUUCCCGUUACCUUACCGGCAUCAUGCUGUUGGCAAGGAAUUUACCCAUCCUUAG